AGUAUGAAGGGAGCAGUGUCAUUUGGUGACCAGGUAGAGAUAUCAUCGGGUGACUCAUCUUCCUCUAAUACAGAUGACCGUAAAACGGAAAGCAAAUGGAUGAAAAAUACUAUCACCGUCGAUCAACCUGUUAGCGAAUGGGAUUCUGAAGAUUCAAUCCUAAGAAGAGCAAGAAUGUACCAAGAGUACAUGAAGGUGGUCCCUCUUCCCACACAGCGUGGCUUUGUUAUCCCUCUCACCUCAUGGGUUGGAUUGGCUGCAUCCAUGAAGGAGUUAUAUGGGCAACCCCUACAUUACCUGACCAAUGUCCACAUGAAGAAGUUGGAUUCAAUGAGGUUUGGUAGUGAUAAUGAAGACGUUCCAUUAGAUACCAUCAUCGAUCCUAGCAAAGCUGAAGCAACCAUCUGGCUUAUUGAAGAAGUUCACAGUGAACAUAUGGGCUAUGUAGUGAAAUUGUGCUUGUGAG